AUGGCCGGAGAUUUGAAGAACCCAACUGCUAAGCCAGUGCCAAAAGGCCAUCGAUGGAUCCUUUUCGUUUCUGGUCCGACGGCAUCGGGUAAGUCGUCAGUUGCCAAAUAUUUAGCAGAUGAGCUCGACCUCAAGUUUGUGGAAGGUGACGAUUUCCAUCCCAAAUCGAAUGUCGACAAGAUGAGUCGCGGUGAGCCUCUAACCGACGAAGACCGAUAUGGAUGGCUUGAAGCUCUAAGAGAACACGCAAUUCACCAUCCCAAAGGCCCAGGCACUGAACAUCUCGUGGUGACCUGCUCAGCUCUGAAGCGUCAGUACCGCGACCUUCUUCGACAAGGAUCCGAGGACGCAGGUGACCUACGUGUGCAUUUCUUACAUCUAGAUGCGCCAGAGGAGGUUCUCACGCAGCGUGCUGCGGCAAGGAAGGGACAUUUUGCAGGACCUGCGCUAGUGCACAGCCAGUUUGAGGCUCUCGAGAGGCCGGGGAAGGAUGAGAAGGAUGUUUUGACUGUUAGCGUAGACCAGACAGUUGAGGAGGUGCAGAAGGAAGCGUUGAGGAGAGUUACAGAGUUAUUGGAUGAAGAUACUGAAUAA